UGCUUGUCAAAAUUAUUCAAGGUUAGAAAUGCAAAACUAGGAAAGUGUUUUAAGAAUAAUUAAUAAUAUUAAAAUAUUUAUUAAAUUUAGAUAGCCACAAUUAAAGUAACUUAUUUAUUUAUUUGCAAAUUCAUCAUUCCUCUAGAUUAACAAACGGACGUUUUUAAAUGCACCUGAGCAGUAGUAACAGCUGUAUCGAAAAUUAUUCCAAAGAAGCUUUCAACACAAGCCAUUAAUAUAUAAUAAAUAUAUAAAAUAUUGAAAUGCCUCGCAGCAAAAGAAGGGCAACAACUGAUAUGGCUUCGAAUGAUGAAGAAAGAUACACUUCAAAGCGUCAACGUAACACAACUAGUUCUAGGAGAAGUUCCAGACUCGAGGAAACGUCGUUUAGUCAAAAGAGAUGCCUAGCCUGGUUCAGGGAAUACACGACUCCCGACGAUCCCGACUCUCUGGGGCCUGAGGGAAUGGAGAAGUUCUGCGAGGACAUCGGGGUGGAGCCCGAGAACGUGGUCAUGUUAGUUUUAGCUUACAAAAUGCAGGCCAGGCAGAUGGGCUUUUUUACUAAAGAGGAAUGGUUGAAGGGGCUAAGUGAGAUGCAGUGUGACUCGAUACAAAAGUUACAGUAUCGGCUAGAUUAUUUGCGGUGUCUGUUAAGUGAUCAGAAUACAUUUAAAGCGAUUUACCGGUAUGCCUACGAUUUUGCCAGGGACAAGGAUCAAAGAAGCAUGGACAUGGAAACAGCAAAAGCCAUGCUCCAGCUGCUUCUUGGGAAACAUUGGCCUCUGUACACGCAAUUCAGUCAGUUCCUCGACCAGUCAAAGUACAAAGUAAUCAAUAAGGAUCAGUGGUGCAACAUAUUGGAAUUCUCGCGAACUAUUUAUAAUGAUCUUUCGAAUUAUGAUGUAGAUGGAGCAUGGCCAGUAAUGUUGGAUGAAUUUGUUGAAUGGUUGAAAGCGGCAAGAACUAAAUCAGAGAUCAGUUGAGGUCUAGCUAAGGAGAUUAAUUCAAAUUUUAUACUGAUAAUAAUCUGUGUUAACAAAGGUCCUUACAGUAAUUUUAGUAAACUGACUUUUAUUUACGCUGCAACCGCGUUACCGGUUGCCUAUGUUGCUUUGCCGAAAUUAUUGUAAGGUAAAUUAUAAACAAUAAACCCAUGAUACAUAUUAUAAAUAAGAGGAAAAAAGUCACAAUAUUAAAAAUUGAACUGACCGGUAGGAUAUAUA